AUGCUACCCUCUCCGCGGUGUUUGGGCCUAGCGCUGGAGUGGUCCUGUCAUGGUGUACCAUGGUUCAUCUUCUCCGGAGGAUGGAUUCUCGGUCUGCUCAUCAGCAGCAUGGCCCCACCACCCUCAGCUAGUCCCAUUUCCGACCCCUACGUGGCGUCGCGAAGUUCACGCAAUCUCUAUGGUUGGCGCGCCGCAUGUCUCCUCUUCGCCUUGGUCCUCGACGUUCUCGUUGUCGGGUGUCUGAAAUUCAUAGUUAAGCGGCCUCGUCCCGAGGCCAACUACUCCUCUGAUAUGCUGCUUACCGUUUCAAUUGACGAUUGGUCUUUCCCCUCUGGUCACUCGAGCCGAGCGGGAAUGUUGCAGUGGUUGUUGCCGUGGCUUUUUAAUCUGUCGGGCUUUUCGCGACUUCUCAUCUCCGUGUGGGCAGUCUCGGUGUGCGUCUCGCGCCUUGUCAUGCGACGCCACCACCUUGAGGACAUCCUCUUCGGCUACGCCUUAGGUUUCUGCCUCUAUUACCUCAUCACGUGGUGUAUCGAUUGGCCCUACUGGUUUCGCUUCCUUGGCUGA